AUGCUGUCUCUUUCACUUUUCGCCCUCUCUUCCCUUUACCUUUUCGACCCCUCUCUCCCUCUUCAUUUUCUCUCCCUCUUCAAUUUCUCUCCCUCUUCAAUUUCUCUCCCUCUUCAUUUUCUCUCCCUCUUCAUUUUCUCUCCCUCUUCAUUCUCUCUCUCUCUCCCUCUUUUUUCCUUUUCUCUCUCUCUCUCCCUCUUUUUUCCUUUUCUCUCUCUCUCUCCCUCUUUUUCCUUUUCUCUCUCUCUCUCCCUCUUUUUCCUUUUUCUCUCUCUCUCCCUCUUUUUCCUUUUCUCUCUCUCUCCCUUUUUUCCUUUUCUCUCUCUCUCUCCCUCUUUUUCCUUUUCUCUCUCUCUCUCUCCCUCUUUUUUCCUUUUCUCUCUCUCUCUCUCCCUCUUUUUUCAUUUUCUCUCUCUCUCCCUCUUUUUUCCUUUUCUCUCUCUCUCUCCCUCUUUUUUCAUUUUCUCUCUCUCUCUCCCUCUUUUUUCAUUUUCUCUCUCUCUCUCCCUCUUUUUUCAUUUUCUCUGUCUCCCUCUCCCCCUCUUCAUUUUCUUACUCUCUCUCUCUCUCUCUCACUUCAUUCACCCCUCUCUCUCACCAUUUCGCUCACUUUUUCUUUUUCUUGCUCUCUCAAUCUUCUCUCUCUUGAUUUUACUUUCUCUUCCACUUUUAUUUUGUCACUUUUCUUCUCUCUCCCUCUUUAGUUUUCGUUCUUUUCUUCUUUCGUUCUUUUCUUCUUUCGUUCUUUUCUUCUUUCGUUCUUUUCUUCUUUCGUUCUUUUCUUCUUUCGUUCUUUUCUUCUUUCGUUCUUUUCUUCUUUCGUUCUUUUCUUCUUUCGUUCUCUCUUUCCUCCUCCAUAUCCCUCUAUCUAUCAUCGUUCUCUUGCUUAUUUCUUCAUUUUUGGUUCACUUUUCUUUCUUUCCUUUAUUAGCUUCUUUCACUUUCGCUCUCUCUCUAUUUUGCUCUUUGCCCUCUCUCUGUCUUUCACGUUUCUCCCUCUCUCUGUCUUUCACGUUUCUCCCUCUCUCUGUCUUUCACGUUUCUCCCUCUCUCUGUCUUUCACGUUUCUCCCUCUCUCUUAACCUUCUCUCUCUCUUAACCUUUUCUCUCUCUCUCUUAACCUUUUCUCUCUCUCUCUCUCUCUCUCUUAACCUUCUCUCUCUCAACCUUCUCUCUCUCUUAACCUUCUCUCUCUCUUAA